ACUGGAUUCAACUUGUGAAGGACUUGUUAUCUCAGUCGCAUCUGCUGAGCCAGUGAUCAUCGACAGAUAUGAUGGGUCACUGGAUCCAAGAUGCCGUACCUGGUUCGGAUUCACAUUACGGCCGACAGACCGCAAUAUGUAACGUUUUUUUGGCGCUGCCUUGUUGUUUCCGCGCGGCCGCAAUUAAUUGACGCUUAGGUUGACGGCCGCAAGUGCUGCUUAACGGGAGGCAACGCUGUAGGCAGGUUGCGGUUGGACCACGGCCUUCAAGUGUCUGUACUAGUAGGUCCCUGCAUCAACUCUCCCCCUUUUAUAUCGACUGUUCACAAUCGCAGUAGUUCAAUACCUCCCUUCAAGCUUACUGCUGUUCGACACUCGUACUCAUUCUGCUUGUCAUUUGUUGAGGACCUCUCGUUCGACAACGCUCUCCUGAUAGAUACCGGGACUGUAAUCAUCAUGCCAUCAGAUACUCAAUCUACAGCUUACAAAAAAGCUGCUGCGUCCGCACCUUCGAAGGAUUCAUUAUCGAGGACGCCACAUGCCAUUGACCGGCAGGUCCCACCACGCGUUCGUCCCUCUAUUUCUUCCAAAGAGAAUGUAGGCAGUGCUGCAUAUAUUUCUUCAUCAUCUACUGCAUCUCCGGCACUUGAAAAGCGCGAAGAAUCCGCAGGCACUUCCACACUCCUUUCCCAAAGUCAUUCCAGGCGCAGCAGUCUCCGGUGUCGCUCUCAAUCUAAAGAUCACGCUUCAUUUCUGGAGUCUUCUGAGAUCAAACGUGUCAAGAAAUCCAAAGAGAGCUUCUUGGCCACGUUCUUUCGCAAGCUCUUCUGCUGCGUCGGAGACGAUUCCCGAGCUCAUGACAUCGACGUCGAUGGGGUGGCAAGCGUUGGCUCGGGUCCUACUCUACUGGCUCACAAGACCGCGGACAAUUCUGUGAAGCAAUUUUCUGAGAAAGCACCAGUCGUAUCAGUAGUUCCGGUCGCACCCUCGCAGGAGAAAGGUCAACCUGCUGUACCUCCUAAGGACUUGCUAGAGACUGCGGGCGCUACCAGUAGGGCCGUACAACCGCCAGGUUCUUCUGUUCCUGGUCAAGUAUUAAAGACCUCUGCAAGUCGCCCGUCCGAACAUGGUAACGAGUCGGAUGAUAUUCCGUUUGAUGAGUUAAGCGAGGAAGAUGAAAUGUUGAUCAGGAAUGGGGGAGCUGGCAUUCCCAUGGGCUCUGACGGAAAGCCAUGGCCACUUCUCCCACCCAUCGCGCCUAAACAUGCUGGCAAGAAGUGUUUAGUGCUUGACCUGGACGAGACCCUCGUCCAUAGUAACUUCAUGCCCGUACCAGAUCCAGACUUCGUCGUUCCUGUCGAAAUCGAGAAUCACUGGCACAAUAUGUAUGUACAGAAGCGACCAGGAGUAGACGAGUUUCUUCGACAGAUGGGUGAGCUGUACGAAGUAGUAGUGUACACCGCAAGUCUGGGUUCCUAUGCGGAUCCGGUGAUGGACCAUCUCGAUAUCUACAAUGCUGUUUCGCAUAGGCUCUUCCGGGAAAGUUGUUUCCGCUAUAGAGGAAACUAUGUAAAGGACCUGUCGCAACUCGGACGUCCCAUGGCAGAUACCAUCAUCAUCGACAAUUCACCGGCAUCAUAUAUCUUCCACCCCAACAACGCCGUGCCUAUAUCCUCAUGGUUUAACGAUCCUCACGAUACCGAACUUAUAGACAUCUGCCCCCUUCUUGCAGACCUCAGUGACACGAAAGAUGUGCGAAGCGCAUUGACCACGAUUUUAUGACACCUGGUUUAUUUAUUGUAGACCUGGGGUGUGUUGGUCGUAUUUAUGGGACGCUGGUGUUCAAACGUUUAUGAUUUAAUGAUGAGAUAUGACAAUGUAUGAAUAGAUGUGUACAUGCAGAGUUGAGAAUACAUUGUCAUACGUAGCAAGUACAAGAAAUAAACACCCCACUGUUAUACUAAAA